ACUGAUGCUGGUGUAAGGCUCAAAAGUUUAUCUCAUGUUACGCUUGAUAGGCAACCAGAUCGUUGAAUACGUGCAAAUAUAACAAAUUAAAGGUUUUUUCAAGAAUGCCCAACACAAGUGCCGAUGUGACAAUUAAUAAGAUCUUGCUUACGAGUUUGGCUGCAGGCACAGCCGCCAUUACAGGAAUCUUAACAUAUGUAUAUUAUCGCAAAUAUGUUAGACGAGAUGUAAUGCCAGUAAAAUGGCGCCCUGUUGGUACAUUGCAACAAAUCAAUAUUUUCCCGAUCAAAUCAUGUGGAGCAUUAAAACUGAAUGCCGAUGAAUUUAUAGAAUGCAACGUCCUAGGUUUGCGCUUGCUAAGCGUUUUAGAUCGUGCUUUAAUGGUCGUUAGCGACAAAAACGAAAUGAUUACGGCUCGUAAAUACCCGAAAAUGGUAUUAAUUCAUACGAAAUUAGUGGGUAAUACUAUUUUGCAUAUUACUGCACCUGGAAUGGAUACGCUGGAAUUGGAUUAUGCUUAUCUAAGCGAAUCAACACUCGGCAAAGAUAUUCAUACUUCAGUGUGGGAUAGUAAAGUCGAUGCCAUGUUAUGCGGAGAUAAAUAUGAUCAAUGGUUCUCUUACUAUAUAUUAGGAAAGGAGAGGGGUUUAAAGUUAGUAUAUUAUCCUUAUCCAAUGCCGAUCAGGAAUACAGUUUCCCGUCUAACCAAGGAGCCGUAUUUACAACCAGAAGAUACGGGAACCUUUGGUGAUGCCACAAGUUAUAUGUUAAUGAAUUUAUCUUCAAUCGAUGAUCUAAAUACUCGCAUACCUCGGCCUGUAGAUGCUUUACAGUUUCGUGGUAAUUUUCAUCUGAAAAUGUAUAAAAGCCAAGCUUACGUUGAAGAUAAAUGGCAAUGGAUACGUAUAGGAGAUGCGGCCAUUUUUCGCGUGGUAGCUCCCUGUACACGUUGCAUAUUUCCAAAUAUUAAUGCUGUAACUGGUGAACGCGAUCCGGAAGGAGAACCGUUGAAAACCUUAACUAAAUACCGAAUGGUUACACGUUAUAGCAGUCCAGCUUUGGGAAUCCAUUUGGGUUUACGUAGGGCCGGUGCGGUUAAAGUCCAUGAUGUUAUUUACGUAGAAGACGAAAAUGAGUGAAUUUGGGAAAUAUUCGUAUAAUUUCAUACACAUAUAGAUAUCCAUAUAUAUAUAUAUAUAGAUGCCUGUGUGAUUUAUAUAUAAAUUAUUAUUAAAUAUAAACUCGAUGUAUUGACAUAAACCGUUAAGACCUUAAUAUAUGCAUAGAAAGCAUUCUAUAUAAAAUGGAAAGACGUUAUCGAUAGCCUCAUUUUUGGUUUGAAACGUAAUCUUUAGAUGUUU